AUGUUCAAGGGCUCGUGGCUGCUUCUGCUGCUGAGCUGUGUGGCCAACACUCAGGUUCUGGCUGACAUCAUCAUGAGGCCCAGCUGUGCUACUGGAUGGUUUUUCCACAAGUCCAAUUGCUAUGGAUACUUCCGGAAGCUGAGGACUUGGUCGGAUGCUGAACUCGAGUGUCAGUCCUAUGGAAAUGGAGCCCACCUGGCAUCUAUCCUAAAUUUAAAGGAAGCCAGCGCCAUAGCAAGAUACAUAAGUGGUUAUCAAGUAAACCAGCCCGUAUGGAUUGGUCUGCAUGACCCACAGAAGAGAAAACAGUGGCAGUGGAUUGAUGGGGCUUUGUAUUUAUACCGAACUUGGACUGGCAGGUCUAUAGGUGGGAACAAGUACUGUGCUGAGAUGAGUUCCAGUCACAAUUUCUCAACUUGGAACAACAAUGAAUGCAGCAAGCGCCAGCACUUCCUGUGCAAGUACAAACCGUAG